GAGGCGGGAGGGGGCCGACUGGCGCGGCUCUGGAGAGCGCUCCUCCGCCCCGCGCGCGGUCCCUGCGCCCCGCUCCGCCAGCGCCUCGCUGCCAGCGCCGCGCCUCGGGCGUCCAGAGCGCGCCCCUCGCUCCGCAGCCGGCGCCGCCCGCUGCAGCCCAGCCCCAGCCUUCCUCCGCCUCCUCCUCCUCCUCCGCUGCUGCUGGACACGCAGCCGCAGGCCGGGGCCGGGACGCAGCUGGGGAGUCAGGGACGCGCGCAGCCAGCCCUUCCCCCUCCGGCUCCCGCACCGCCGGCCGCCUCCCCUCGCCCUCCUCCUCUCCCUCCCUGCUCCUUCGCUUCUUCCUCCUCCUUCUCUCCCGGCCCCGGCCGCCAGCAUCAUGUCCGCAGGGGGAGAUUUUGGGAAUCCACUGAGAAAAUUCAAGUUGGUGUUCCUGGGGGAGCAGAGCGUCGGGAAGACGUCUCUGAUCACGAGGUUCAUGUAUGACAGCUUCGACAACACCUACCAGGCAACCAUUGGGAUUGACUUCUUGUCCAAAACCAUGUACUUGGAGGACCGUACGGUGCGACUGCAGCUUUGGGACACAGCUGGCCAGGAGAGAUUCCGCAGCCUGAUCCCCAGCUACAUCCGGGACUCCACGGUGGCUGUGGUGGUGUACGACAUCACAAAUCUCAACUCCUUCCAGCAGACCUCUAAGUGGAUUGACGACGUCAGGACAGAGCGGGGCAGUGACGUUAUCAUCAUGCUGGUGGGCAACAAGACGGACCUGGCUGACAAGAGGCAGAUAACCAUCGAGGAAGGGGAGCAGCGCGCCAAAGAGCUGAGCGUCAUGUUCAUCGAGACCAGCGCGAAGACCGGCUACAACGUGAAGCAGCUUUUUCGACGUGUGGCUUCAGCUCUGCCCGGAAUGGAGAAUGUCCAGGAGAAAAGCAAAGAAGGGAUGAUCGACAUCAAGCUGGACAAGCCCCAGGAGCCCCCGGCCAGUGAGGGCGGCUGCUCCUGCUAAUGCAGCGCCGCCCUGCUGGCGCCCCGUGACACUACUUGCUUGUUGUGUUGCUUCCUAUUGGUUAGCUUCCUACGGGGAAAUGCGUUUAUCCAGAUGGGAGGAUUUUUCUUUUCUCUCUGUCUCUAGGAGUAGGGUGGGAUGGGGAGGGAGGCUGGGCAUCAGGGAUCACGUCACUCUUAACAGCUGUUACUUAAACAACUAUUUUUUGGUUUGGUUGUAAUAUAUUGUACUUUAUUAAGAUUGCCAAAAACUGUUAAAAUUUAAAAAAAAAAAUUUAAAUCAUGUGUAUACAACUUUUUGCCAGAUAAAAAUGUAGUCAUUUUUAUUUGAAAGAUGUGCUUUUUGUUUUUGUAUAUUUGUAAACUUACAGAGAACCUUUUCCACACACCUCCUCCUUCCUGUUCUCCUUGAACUGUUCACCUCCUCUGCCUUCCUCCCAUCCCCAGCCCAGUAAAUUAAAACAAUUAACUGAGCAACUUAAUUAGGCUCCAGCCCCAGGCCAUCCGGCCCCUCCAUCCAGGCCCUCCAUGGUUAAAUCAAACAUUGGUUAAACGAAGCCUCUGAAGAGGUACCUCUGCCCUUCCGUGGCCAGAGGGGGACAUCAGCCCUGUGUUCCCUGUGCCCAGUGACCGGAAGAGCAAGAGGCCAUUGGAAGGAUGGGGUGCUAUUGGCAGCUGUGGGCCGUGAUGGUGCGUGGUCUACAGACUGGGGCACCACAUGUAGUUCUGAAAACGUUUUAGCAAACCCGCCCAGGCAGUCAGCACGCAGAGGUGGGUUGAAUCUGAGAAACUCAAUGCAUGAUGCUGGGCAGCUGCCACCCUGCGCUGCAGCCUGCGCCACAUGGAAUUGGUCCAUCAGUGACUGGGGAAGGGAGGAUUGUUUGCAGAACCGCCACUUUGAAAGAUACAUGUUCCCAGCUCCUGGGUUGCUAAUGCUGUUGAGUACUUUGUGGAAAAGCUGAUGUCUUGAUGUGUUUUCACCCCACUGGCGUGGUACAGUUGAAAUCUUUGUGGGUGCCUUUGUGGGUGUUGUGGCUGCGCUGUGGCCCCCUGAGCGUGUGGUUGAGGUGGGGUCUCCGGAAGGCUGCCCUGGGUACUGCAGCCUGCCCCCAGAGAGCCAUCCUUGCCGUUUUUAACUCGUUCCUGAGGAUGGCUGAGUCCUGAGGACCUGUAAAACCUCUGGGGAGAGCUCUCUCUUCUCGCUCCGCGAUGUAACCGACUUGGCCAGCUUUCCAGGUAGACCCAGACUCACCGCCCCGAGCCUGCGCAAAGCCGGGCAGCGGGCAGUGACUCUGGCCAGAGCGUAAACCCCACCCUCCCCGCUUCCCCGGGCUGCUCACGGGCAUGUCGUGGUUGGGCCAACGGCCAUCCCGGGCGUGGCGAGGUGAACUCCUCCGCAAGGCAGGACUCCAACAAGGUUGUUGGAGUGAACUCUGAAACUUCUCAGAAACUAGUGCAGGAUGGCAGGCGCAAGCGCAGCGGAACCUGGCAGGGCUGCCCUUUGUGCAGUGGGGCCAGCCCCGCACCCUUGGCCCGGAGACCGUGUGACAGCUUUAGCGAGGAAGCAGGACCCCACUGAGCACCUCUCCCAGAAGGCAAGGACCAAUGUGCGGGCGUCACUCAAAUGUCACGUAUUUAGUUUUUAUAUGUGUGUACAUAAUUAUAUAUAGAGAUAGACUUGUGCAUACACCUUCCACAAACACAUCCUCACACAGAGAAACAUGUGCUCAAUGUAUACUCUCGUUUUUUCCUGCUCUCAAGUUGGAACUUGCAUUGUGAUAACAGUUUUGGAAAUUCAAAAGUACUGCAACAUGUUGACAUAAGAAAUACUUAAUAUUGUCAAAUAACUUGUGAUUGUCUUGCCAUCAAUAAAAUAAUGCAUAGAUGUGUUAAACUGCAGGUAAAAAGAGCCCACGGGACUAUCUCCCCCAUCUCUCUCUGUACUUACUGUACGCACGGGCGUGUGUGCCCCUGUGGGCACUGUCCCCCCGCACGGGCACGCCCCCGAGUGGUGCUUGUGCUAGAGUGCUUACUUACCUCGUGAGGGUCUGCGGGAGUCCAUGUCACGGCGUCCCGCCUCGAUGGCAGCGAGGCCGCCCCUUGUGGCCUCUGAGACUGCCCCAUUUACAGGGAUCUGACUGGGUCUCAGUGAGUGAAUGUAAGGUGGAUUUUUAUUUUCUUGGCCCUAAAGAGUAGCUUUUCUUAAAAUGUCGUGUAAAACAAAGUAGAAACUCACUUCCCUUCUCACGUGAACACACAACCAAGGCACCACGGACUGUUUAUCCGUCCUGGCAAAGAGGAGCAGGGAGAGACCCAGCAGAUGUCACGUGGCUUGAUGUGGUCUUAGUGAGUCCCGCCUUCCCUAGGCUGCAUGCUUUGACAUCCUCUCUGGAGCCCAGGUUCUCCCCUGUCCCGUGGCCGCUGAAGCUGAGGGUAGCUGCCUCCUCUUGUCCUCCCAUCUCAGCGAUGCCGUGCGAUCCCUGGCCGCCUUUCCUCAGGCCCGAUUUCCGCUCCUCCCUCCCUGGGGUCUGGUGAGGCGGCUGGACCUUCUUUCACAGCCGUGUGUUGGUUCCUCGACUCUUGUCUUGAGCAGCUGCCAUCACUGUCCUCUUGCUUGUAGGUGGGAUCUUGACUCAGAGUUAAGGUUCCAUGAUAGAAUGGUCAGGUGCUCUUGAAAAUGUCACGAAAUUGCCUCAGCACCCCCGGUGAGAGUAUUGCAUCUUUGCUGAAUUGAGAUCAGUGAGCGGAGGGCAAAGUGGAGGAUUCCUUUCAGAAAAUUGUUCUCAACUUAGUAAUUCAGCGCUUCUCCCCAAAGACUAGAUUCUCUUCCUUUGGCCCUUUUUCUUUGGGGAUCUCAAAGAAGAGCUGUCAGCAAAGCUCCUGUUCUACAGGCAUCAGAAAAAUUGAGUGUAAGAUGGAAAAAGCUGAGAGUGCAUUUACAACUGCAGACAGAGCCAAUGUGAAGGUGUGCUGUCCACAUCUUGAGUACUGUAGCUGCAGCUGUGGGGUCCCGGUUAGUUUGCUCAGUGGCUGUGGGCAAGUUUCCUUUGGUCAGAGGCCUCCCUGCUGUCACUAUUGCCACUCUCUUCCUGUCGUCACCCUUAAAAAUAUUUUGUAAUGUUCCCAGGUUGGAGGGGAGCAAUGGCCAUAUCAGUUUGUCUGGAGCAACAGAAAUGAGGAUUGACAUGGUGGGAGUGAAGAGUGCAGACUUAGCUGGGGUACGGCAUCUCCAUCGUCCUGGUGGCUACCCAGGGCCAGGAGCACCUGUCCUGGAGUACCAGGUGUGAUAGUAAAGGGAUGGUGUUGCUGGCUUUGGCAUCCUGUAGGUAGAGCAAGCAGCCUUACUCCUUCACAAGAUGGAAGGCAGGUGCGGAUGUCAGGACAUGAGACCAGGUAGCCGAGGACUGUGAGGUGUAUCUGAGCCACGUGAGGGGCAGCCGGACAGAAGUAUGUCUGUGUGCAUCAACCAAACAGGGUCAUUUGCUCGCUAGCUUCCAAACUACCUCUCCCCACUGUCACCUUGCUACUGCAGUGAGGUGCAGGUCUCAUAACCCCUCCUGUGUCACAGGCAGGAAAAUCAAGACGGAGAAGGGUGAGUUGCUUGUGAUCACCCAGAGAGUCGGAGUGAUCAGAGCUGAUGUUUCCUUUCUUUAGCUGAUGUUUCCUUUCCAUUGCUGCCCCUGUGUGUGUACAAAUGGGACUGCACACCUGUGCCAAGGACUGUGUGUUCCUCAGACCAGCUCUGUGCUGUGGUAGGACAUAGCUUCUUCCCAGUGUGUCUGAGGGAGCUGGGAGAGCCUAUAGGUGCAUUGGGACCCUCCACUGCAAAGAAGGGCCAGUCCCCAGGCCAGCGGAUUGUCCUGGGCCCCCACACAGAUCAGGGCACCCUUUCAAUUUUUUCUUUUUUUUUUUUUGUGCCCCAAACUCUUUAUUCCAGGAUGAUAUUUCUGUGGCUACUUGUAGUGCACAAUAGAAAUCUCAAUUUAUUAUGUUUGCACAAGGGGCAUUUUCCUCAGUUUUUAAUUUAAAUGAACUAUUUAGGUAUUCUAAAGCCUUGGGAUCUCCAUGUGCAAAACUCCUUGGCCUCCAGACCCUUGUCUGGCUGACACCUCAGCUGGGUACGGUUUAUCAGGAAAGCCUUGCAGGGGAGGUUUAGACGGCUCCUUCAGGAGGUGGGAAGCCUCCGUAGCAUCGAAAGCCAGCCUGCGUCUCGCGGUGUGUGUCCACUUCUCCCCUCACUUCCCCCCCCAUCCCUUUCAAGCAGUUGGCUGUGGGGAGCGGCCGGGUGGCAGUUCCAUCUGUGUUACGGGCUCAGAAGGCAUAGCGGCCAUACUGACUUCACAUUAAACUGUGUAAAAUGUGGAAAAGACUCAGCAUGUUGGUCGAACAAUAAACUGUCUUAAUUCUCAA